AUGCCAUCUACUUUCGUGAAGUACACAGCUCUGAGCAGCUCAGUCGUCUUACGGUUGAGUACUUAUGUUUUUCUGCGAUGGGGCGUUCCACCCGUUCUCCCUGCCCUGAUUGGCAUCUACCUCACUUCCUUUAUCGCCGCAUUCCAGGAAACCGCACCAUACAGGGAUAUCGUUAGAAUUAUUGAUACAAAAGAGAUUAUAACGGAUAGUGAUGGCGAGGAUGAAGCUGUGGAAGAGACCGAGACAGUAGUCGUGGCAAAGGUCAAGCCAAAACCACGCGUUUUGAGAACACUCUUGACUGGCCUGCCUAGCCCGACGUCCUCACUGUGGAGUUAUGUGACAUUAUUCAUCAACAUAGCUUUAGUGUUGAUGUGCUACGAUCACGUCUAUCACGGUCCGCUAUUACACCAAGCCCAUGACCUGGCCUUUAUAAGAGUUGGCUAUGUCUCUGAUUCAAGCGCAAAACUAUUGGUCAGGGAGCCACAUCUUCACCAGCUCCCGCUUACAAUUAAAUAUCGACGACUCGAUCCGAACGCAUCCUCCGACAUCGGACACUUCUUAGGCAUUGAUGACGGCUCCUGGAAGACUGCUUCAACUUUGGAGCCGUCGGACCUUACUGAUGACACUGAUUACACGGCAACUAUCAAGAUCAAUUGGCUAAGUCCAGACACUCGCUAUCAAUAUAUGCUAUCAAACAAUCAAACUGGCCAUUUCACUACCGCUCCAAGAAUAGGCAAGACUUCCAAACACACUGAUGGGAAGUACACCUUUGUUCAUUCAAGUUGCAUCAAGCCCCGGGUGCCAUAUAAUCCAACUGACCACCCACUGCAUAUCCCUGGUUUCAACCACUUGGCAAGCUGGAUUCCCAAACUCCAAGCUCACUUUAUGCUAUUCUUGGGAGACUUCAUCUAUGUUGACGUGCCAUUGCGACUUGGCACAGAUGUUGGCACUUAUCGACAAGAGUAUCGCCAAGUUUAUGCCUCCCCCGACUGGCCAGCUGCCUCACAUGACUUGCCCUGGUUACAUGUAAUUGAUGACCACGAGAUCAGCAAUGAUUGGGAUAAAAACACAACAGGUCUAUACCAGUCUGCUAUUGACCCCUGGCAUCACUACAACGCCGCUGUAAAUCCACCAGCUUCCCGUGCAGGCCACACAUGGUUCGAAUUCAACCAAGGUCUAGCCUCUUUCUUUUUGAUGGAUACGCGCCGUUACAGAACCACAAACUCAAAGAACGCAACCGAUACGAGAAAAUCGAUGCUAGGAGAUGCACAGCUCUUUGACUUGCUCCAGUUCUUAGCGUCGCCGACCCCAGCCGGAAUUCAUUGGAAAGUCAUUGUCUCCAGUAUCCCUUUUACCAAAAACUGGCAUUUCGGAGGAGAAGAUACAUGGGGAGGAUACCUUGUAGAACGCCAGAAGAUUCUUGAAGCAAUGUGGGAUGUCGGUCUCAAAGGCGGCGUCGGUGUCAUCGUUUUGAGCGGCGACCGGCACGAGUUCGCAGCUACGGCCUUUCCACCCCCAGCUGGAGGCAAAUGGCCCGCCACUAGUACAGUUCAUGAGUUCAGCACAUCGCCGCUUUCGAUGUUCUAUCUCCCGUAUCGUACUUAUAAACAGACUGAUUUGGAAGACGUAAAAAUAAAGUAUCUUCCGGACGGCAACUCCAAGUUUGGCGCGAUCGAGAUCACGAACCCGGAUUCAAGUGACCAAGGAUUAUUAACAUACAGACUCAUCAUAGACGGUAAAGAAGCGUGGACUCACACACUAACGACGCCGCCAUCCGCGCGCGUCAUGCGGUCUCAGAUUACACUCUAGACAUAGACACAGGGCUUUUGAUGACUGCGAAUCAUAUAACUAGACACAGGACUACUAUAAACAAGUUUGUAUAGACGAUAGCUACGAUAGGAUCAGAAUGAAACAUGUUCCCAAU